CAGGAGAUGACCGGAGACUGCGGACACAGUACAGGAGAUGACCGGAGACUGCGGACACAGUACAGGAGAUGGAGCAGAGACUGCGGACACAGUACAGGAGAUGGAGCAGAGACUGCGGACACAGUACAGGAGAUGGACCAGAGACUGCGGACACAGUACAGGAGAUGACCAGAGACUGCGGACACAGUACAGGAGAUGGACCAGAGACUGCGGACACAGUACAGGAGAUGGACCAGAGACUGCGGACACAGUACAGGAGAUGACCAGAGACUGUGGACAUACUACAGGAGAUGACCAGAGACUGCGGACACAGUACAGGAGAUGACCAGAGACUGCGGACACAGUACAGGAGAUGACCAGAGACUGCAGACACAGUACAGGAGAUGACCAGAGACUGCAGACACAGUACAGGAGAUGACCAGAGACUGUGGACAUACUACAGGAGAUGUACAGGAGAUGACCAGAGACUGCGGACAUACCACAGGAGAUGGUCAGAGACUGCGGAUAUACUACAGGAGAUGGUCAGAGACUGCGGACAUACCACAGGAGAUGGUCAGAGUCUGCGGACAUACCACAGGAGAUGGUCAGAGACUGCGGACAUACCACAGGAGAUGACCAGAGGCUGCGGACA